AUCGCAACGACGUUUUAAUAAGAAAAUUCUGUUAUUAUUAUAUCGCACAUGCAAAUGAUUGUGUAAAAUUUUAUAAAUAAAAACUAAAACAGUUAAUAAUUAAAUGAAAAACUACGCAGCUUAUUUAAACUGAACCGCUUAUGGCCGUUGUUGGGAAACAUGGCGGCGGAGAAUUGGCAGAUAUUCAAACAAACAAAAAAAAGUAAUAGAUUUGAUAAACAGUAUCCAAAACAAAGUUAGCAUUUAUCUCAUUACAAAAACAUUAUCUGGUCAUUAGUUUGUCAAUUAGUUGAACCCCGGCUGGGAUACAUCACGAAAUAUUGUGAAAUUCGUAAAUAAUUUAAGAUGUCACGUUUAUGUAACGCUUGGCGAUAAGGACGUCCGUAAUAGAUAAUUUAGAAUAUUCACUUCUGUUCCCGGCUUUGCUCGUUUGAUUUGUUAGGAAGCCUAAUUUCAGACUGAGCCGAAAUUAAAAAUUCCGAUACAAUUAUGCGUUUAAUAAUAAUAAUUUUAUAAAAAAAAAAUACUCUUAAUAUCAUAUUUAUAUUUACAUUUGGCAAAGGAGGUUUUUAUCGUAAAUUUGAUGUAUUCUUCUGUUUUCAAUAUUUUAAAAAUAUUAUUUUCUGUCAUGUUUUGUAUUGUUUAAGUCCAUAAUAUACCGACGGCGAUGUUUACUUCUGUUGAUCACAUCAGGAGACGGUCGCCAGCGCACAGGAGUGGUCAUCACAAAUAUGAGAUAAAAGCGACGGGGGAGGCUGCGAAGAAUUAUGAUUUCCUGAGCGCAAGACCGCCAGGGAAAAGGACCAACGUCAUAGAAUCCAUCGGCCAUUUGGUCAAAAGCUGUCUCGGCGGUGGAGUGGUGGCGAUCCACGAAGCUUACAAACAAUGCGGCCUCUGGACGUCUGUAGUUCUCACGAUUAUUCUCGGAAUUUUUGUCGCUUAUUUGAUGAUGAUCCUUGCUCGUUCCGCUCAAAAAAUCUACGGUCGAGUUCAAAUACCUCAAAUGUCAUAUCCUGAUUUAGCGGAAGCUGCUCUGGUUACUGGACCCUUUGUGAAGUUAAGAAAAUACUCGAAAUGUUUACGGUAUGCCGUCGAUGUUACAAUUUGCAUAGAUCUAUUUGGUUCUUGCUGUGUGUACCAAGUGAUGAUAGCUCGUACUGCAAAGCAAUUAGUUGAUGGAAGUGAUGAAGUUACUGACGAAAGCGGUAUGCCUCUAAGAGCAUACGUGGCUAUGCUGCUUAUUCCCUGCCUUCUUCUAUGCAUGAUUACAUCACUGAAGUAUCUCGCACCAUUUUCCAUUGUCGCUGAUAUUAUAAUAUUAACCGUCGCGGGCGCCACAGUGUACUAUGCCAUCCAACAUUCUACAAAGAGUCCUUUUGAAUUUGAAGCAUUCAAAACAGCGUCGGGUCUUUUCGAAUUUAUGGGUGUCUGUGUGUUCAGCAUGGAGGGGGUCGGAGUUACUUUGGCCAUUGAAAACAAUAUGGAGGAACCAAAAAAGAUUAAUUUAGUUUUAGCUGGCGGUAUGUCAGUCGUCAUUGGUAUUGUUUUGUGUGUUGGCUUCUUUGGCUAUUGGGGCUUCGGAGAGAAAUCGAAGUCACCUGUUACCCUCAAUUUCCCAUUGUCACCUUUUCCGAUCGCCUUGAAAGUUGGUAUGGCCGUGAUGGUAUAUGUGACAUUUGCCCUCAACUUCUGGGUACCAUUUGAUCUGGUCUGGUACUACAUUAAACAAAAAUACGAUCCCGAAAAGUAUUGGCUGUGGGAGAGGGUAUACAGAGCUAUCUUUGUAACUACCAUAACACUCAUUGCUGUUGUAUUUCCAUCUGUGACCAAGUUUAUAGGAUUGCUGGGUUCUUUCUGUCUCUCCAAUAUGGGCUUCAUAUAUCCAUCGUUCAUUGAACUCUGCUUGGACUGGAGUGACCCAGGACUGGGUAUCAUGAUGUGGCGGCUUUGGAAAUUCGUUUUUAUUCUCAUUUUCGGUACAAUUCUUUGCAUAAUCGGUACAUACAGCAACGCUAAAGAACUCAUCAAUGAAGUAUUUUACUAAUAAACAAAUUUUUUCUAAGAAAGGAAUGGGCUUUUGGUAUAGAAAACAUCCAAAUUUUUUUUUUUUAUAUAAAUGUUGUUUAUCUUUUUAUUUUUUAAAUUCUUUGUUUUCGUUGAAAACAUAAACUUUAUUCAAAUCUAA